AAGGUCGCCUGAGGGGAGGAGGUCGGAUCGCAGCCCCUGGGCAGGUGUGACUGGGCGAUAAGGGUGAGGCCUGUGAGAGGGCGGGAGAGGGCCCCAGGUUAGGGAGGUGAGUGCCACGUCCCUAACGCAAGCAGGGACCCACAGGGAGGAGCAAGGUGGUGGCGGACGAGAUGCGAGGAUGCAUCGCCGCGUCCUCCGCGGGGCUCGCGCUGGAGACCCAUCAGUAGGAGGGACCUGGCGCUGGUUUCGUUGCCCCAAAGCCCGCGGGAUGCUCGGACCCGAGAGGAACCCGUGCUGGUAAGGGCCCGGCCUUGCUGCGGACUCAGAGCUGAACAAUGACCAUAGUUGACAAAGCGUCUGAAUCUUCGGGCCCUUCAACCUAUCAGAACCAGCCUGGCAGCUCCGAGGCAGUCUCACCUGGAGACAUGGAUGCAGGGUCUGCCGGCUGGGGUGCUGUGUCUUCCUUAAAUGAGGUUUCAAAUCACACGCUUUCUUUAGGACCAGUGCCUGGUGCUGUAGUGUAUUCAAGUUCAUCUGUACCUGAUAAGUCAAAACCAUCACCACAGAAGGAUCAAGCCCUAGGCGAUGGCAUUGCUCCUCCGCAAAAAGUUCUUUUCCCAUCUGAGAAGAUUUGUCUUAAGUGGCAGCAAACUCAUAGAGUUGGAGCUGGGCUCCAGAAUUUGGGCAAUACCUGCUUUGCCAAUGCAGCAUUGCAGUGCUUAACAUACACGCCACCUCUUGCCAAUUACAUGCUAUCGCACGAACACUCCAAGACAUGUCAUGCAGAAGGAUUUUGUAUGAUGUGUACAAUGCAAGCACAUAUCACCCAGGCACUCAGUAAUCCUGGGGAUGUUAUUAAACCAAUGUUUGUCAUUAAUGAGAUGCGGCGUAUAGCUAGGCACUUCCGUUUUGGAAACCAAGAAGAUGCCCAUGAAUUCCUUCAAUACACUGUUGAUGCUAUGCAAAAGGCGUGCUUGAAUGGCAGCAAUAAAUUAGACAGACACACCCAGGCUACCACACUCGUUUGUCAGAUAUUUGGAGGAUACCUGAGAUCUAGAGUCAAAUGUUUAAAUUGCAAAGGCGUUUCAGAUACUUUUGACCCGUAUCUCGAUAUAACACUGGAGAUCAAGGCUGCUCAGAGUGUGAACAAGGCGCUGGAGCAGUUUGUGAAGCCCGAGCAGCUGGACGGCGAGAACUCGUACAAGUGCAGCAAAUGUAAAAAGAUGGUUCCAGCUUCGAAGAGAUUCACCAUACACAGAUCCUCCAAUGUUCUCACACUUUCUCUGAAACGCUUUGCCAAUUUUACUGGCGGGAAAAUUGCUAAGGAUGUAAAAUAUCCGGAAUAUCUUGAUAUUCGACCAUACAUGUCUCAACCAAACGGAGAACCGAUUAUUUAUGUUUUAUAUGCAGUGCUGGUACACACGGGUUUUAACUGCCACGCCGGCCAUUACUUCUGCUACAUAAAGGCUAGCAAUGGUCUCUGGUAUCAGAUGAAUGACUCCAUCGUAUCUACCAGUGAUAUCAGAUCGGUACUCAGUCAACAAGCGUAUGUUCUCUUUUAUAUCAGGUCCCAUGAUGUGAAAAAUGGAGGUGAACUUACUCAUUCCGCCCACAGCCCCGGCCAGUCCUCUCCCAGACCUGUAAUCAGUCAGCGUGUCGUCAAUAACAAACAGGCCACGUCAGGGUUCAUCGGACCACAGCUUCCUUCUCACAUGAUUAAGAACCCACCCCACUUGAAUGGGACCGGACCUUUGAAAGAAACGCCCAGCAGCUCCGUGUCGAGUCCUAAUGGAAAUGCCAGCGUCAGCAGAGCUGGUGCUGUUAACGCUUCAACUUCUGUUCAGAACUGGUCAGUUAACAGGGCCUCAGUGAUCCCGGAACAUCCCAAGAAACAAAAAAUCACCAUCAGUAUUCACAACAAGUUACCUGUUCGCCCAGGUCAGUCUCAGCCUCACCUUCACAACAAUUGUUUGGAGAACCCUACCAAGCCCGUUCCCUCUUCUACCAUUACCACUUCUUCUGCAAUACAGUCUACCUCGAGUGCCCCCACCACGCCAGCUCCCAGUAAAGUCACAAAGCCGGCGGCCCCGAGUGAGUCCUGCUCCAAGCCAGUGAUGAACGGCAACUCCAAGCUGAGCUCCAGCGUCCUGGUCCCCUACGGUGCCGAAGCCAAGGGCCUGGGCAGGGAGAACGGUCUGGGCACGGCCGAGAGCUUGAACUCUUCUGCUCUGGACGCUGAGGCUGACGAGGCCGCUCAGCACGAGCGUCGAGAGCCUGUGACUCUAAAUGGUGCUAAUGUCAGUCCGGACAGUGACCCGGAAGAGAACGGUCUGUCCUUCGAUGGUGCCAGCUGCCAAGUCCAGCCUGACCUACACUCAGAAAACCCCUUUUCUAAGGCAAAUGGUCUCCCUGGAAAGUUGAUGCCCGCUCCUUUGCCACCUCUCCCGGAAGACAAAAUCUUAGAGGCUUUCAAGCUCGGCAACAGAGGGAAAGGCUCGACGGAUGAGACAAGUGCACCUGGAACAGACGGGAGCCAGACAGAGCGUCCUGAGGCAGGACUGGAGCCCGGCAGCCCCACUCCUGACGCCCGGGAGGAACUGGAGACGGCCACGGGGCUUAGCAGCAAACUGAAGAAGGCUUCGCCGCCCCCGGACCCCGGCAUCCAAUCUCCAUCUACCAAAGAACAAGUCCCUGAGAGCAUUUCAGCAAAACCCGAGGAGUGCGUGCCCAGUGUCAACCCCCUUUGUACCGCCAACAAGAACAGCGCUGGGGACGAACACCUCUCUGAACUGUGCGACCCUGGGAAUGGGACAGGGGAGGAGAGCAGAGCAUCCCAGGAUACACCAGGGACGUCAGCAGAGAGUCCCCGGGACUCGGCAGCAGGGGACACCACGGGGAGGCUGAGCCCGAGCCCCGCGGCGUGUCCCGAGGGCGAUGGCGAGCAGGGGCCCUCCGUCCACAGCAGCCGAGACCAGCGCACGGAUGCAGAAGACGUUUCUAAAGUCUCAGACGUUUCUAAAAUCUCGGGGGCACCUACAGACGAGCCGCCCUCUUCUCAGUUGGACAAAGUCACGGAAAACCAUUCAGAAGGGGUAGGGGCUCCCGAGCAGAGCCCCGCGGAGCCACGUGAAGACAGCAAGGCUGGGCAGAAAGGCCAGGCCCGGUCUCCGGGGAAGGAGAAGAUCAGCAGCCUCCGCAAGGUUGACCGAGGACACUACCGCACCCGGAGGGACCGCUCGUCCAGCGGGGAGCACGCGCGGGACAGCAGGAGCCAGACCGAGGACCGGUCCGACCACGACUGGAGCAGGUACCACCACUCGGAGAGCGAGCACUCCUGGGGCCGGGAGAAGUACUACCUGGACAGAGCGAGGUGGGACAAAUGCAGGUAUUACCACGACAGGUAUGCCCCGUACACGGCCAGGGAGGCGUGGGAGUGGAGGCCUUUGCACGGGGACCGAGACUAUGACCGUGGGGGUCAGUACGGCGGCCGGCCCUACAAGGACUAUAGAAGCAGGAAGGGCUACGAGCCGGGUGCCAAAGAGAGGGAACGGCACCACUUGAGCGGCCCCCGGGCGGGCCCCCCCCACGCCCUGCCGCCCCACCCUGAGAAGUCCGCCGAGAAGAUUGCACUUGCACCUGAAGGCAGCAGCUGUCAUCUCGCUGAUCGCUUUCACGACCACGAAAAUGUGAAGUCACACAAACGGAGGUACAAUAGUAUAGAACAUGGUGACACCCACGUAGAAAAGAAAGCCUGGAGAAGCGUACAGAGGGACCCUUUAGAAGAACCUAAAGUGAAGAAGCACAAAAAGUCAAAGAAGAAAAAGAAAUCCAAAGACAAACACCGAGAGCGAGACUCCAGGCAUCAGCAGGACUCGGAUCUCUCGGCAGCAUGCUCGGAUGCUGACCUCCACAGACACAGGAAGAAGAAGAAGAAAAAGAAGAGACACUCAAGGAAAUCGGAGGACUGUGGGCGAGACUCAGGACUGCACUUAGCUAAGGCCGCCAGCUCUGAGGCUCUUGACCGCUUCCGGAGAGCCGACGGCAGCCCCCCCCUCACCGACGGCCUGCCUCUGGAAGGCGCUGGACCUUUCCGCGAGAAAACAAAACAUUUAAGGAUGGACAGCAGAGAUGACAGGGGUCAUCUGUCUGAGUGUGGCCAGGGUAAGAGGAGAUACUUGCACUUAAGAAUGUAGGAGCUGGUCUUUUUAGAAAAGGGGAUUGACACCUAGGAGGAAGGCCCAAU